GUCACACCUGGUGCACGUUAUAUGUCAAGAGGAAUAAAGAUGACGUCCCCACUGUGUUUGAAGUCAGUGCUAAUAACGUGUUUGACGAUAAUCUGUGGGUUUCAUUGAUCUUCCGCCCAAGUUACAGCCGGUUCACAAGGGUUCAGCGACUGUGGAGCAUUGUAUCGCUGUUGUUCCUUUCAAUGAUCGCCUCGGCAAUGUUUUAUGACACAUCAACUGAUACUAGCCCCUUCAUAAGCAUGGCAGGAUUCGAGUUAGGGUUUAAAGAGAUAUAUACAGGAUUUAUGUCAAGUGUCAUCACAGUACCACCAUGCAUGAUUAUGACAUACAUUUUCAACAAUCGGAAAAGACGAGGAGAAGAAAACGCCAGCAUAUUUCAUGAUGGCAUUAGCCUGCGUUCCUCCGGAAGCGUUCCCUGGUGGUCAAUAUUUAUAGCAUACACUGUCCUAUUGAUAUGUAUCAGUGCUGGUUCUUUUUUCACCUUUCUGUACUCUUUGGAAUGGGGACCAUCUCUCACCAUCAAAUGGAUGUCCUCAUUUUUCAUCGGAACAACAGCGAGUGUCCUGUGUAUCGAACCAACGAAGGUAUCAUUGUUAUUAAGCUACAA